AUGAUUUUACAACAGGAACCUACAAACUUACCAAACUGGCUUCUUUUUGAAAUUCACCUAGUGCUGAAAGAUUCUGAUCAGCUGCCAUCAACUAGUACACACGAUCAGGCAGCUGUAGACUCCAUUGAUGAUCUACAAAUCCUAAAGAACUUUGACCUUACUUUAGAGUUUGGGCCCUGUACUGGAAUUACACGAUUAGAACGAUGGGAAAGGGCUCAAAAACAUGGUUUAAAUCCCCCUGAUGAAGUCAAAGACAUUCUUCUAAAAAACAAAGAUGAAGAAUACCAGAUGUGGAUGUUAGCUAUUAACAAUCAAGGGAUCAUUAAGGAUCAUGUCGACUUCAUUGGAGUGAGUGGGAUUAUUAUCACUGAAUCUAUCAUGGUCUCUCGGGAUCCCCAGAGAGGCAGCAUGGCCUACAACAACUACUCGUGUGGAACUAUCCCGCCGCUGGUGGUGCUCGUCGCGCUUUUCUUGUACUUCUAUCUGGACGCACGUGUUCCGGAGCCCAUCCCCGAAAAGUUCAAGGUGAAAGUGAUGGACGCGAUGAUGAAGACUUACGGACACACGGUAAACGUCUUGGUCUGCUUGGGAAUUACGGAACCAUUUUCAGACUUCGUCAGAAAGAUCGCUGAUUGGUUCGUUCUUACGAUGGUGACAGGAUUCCCUUGGGGGAUUGCUCCAUACGAUCCCAGACUAAAGAUUACGGACACUCACAUCCGGGACAUCCGAGUGAAGGUCUACGAGCCAGUGAGCGGGCUGGGUCGGACAGAUAGGCCGGUCCUCAUCUACCUCCACGGCGGGGGCUGGAGUUUGUUGUCCGUCGAUUCCUAUGACCCUUUGAUGAGGAAAAUAUCAAGUGACAGUGGAACCGUGGUGAUAUCAGUCAAUUACAGAUUAAGUCCACAGUACCCGUUCCCAAUACCGCUAAAUGACUGCCUUGAAGUUGUGGAAUAUGUCAUAGAAAACAGCAAAGCCAUGGGCAUAGAUAAAAGCCGCAUUGCAGUUGGAGGAGAUAGUGCUGGUGGCAACAUGGCUGCCGCAAUCUCUCUUCGACUGAAAUCGAAAAUAGCCAUGCAAAUGUUGCUUGUUCCAUCACUUCAGUUUGUUAAUUUCAACACCACAGCUUUUAAUGAAAACACCAUGUAUUUAAAUCGAAGCAUCCAUGAUCCAAAUUCAUUGAUGUUCGUCAUAAACUAUCUCGGGCUCGAACCAAAAUACUUAAGCUACCUCAGAUAUAACAACCACACAUCUCCAGCUUUUAAACAAUCUCUUCAAAAUGAGUACGCGGAUCAGACGUUAUGGCUUCCCAGGCGGUACGUGCGUGAAGAAAAAAUACGCGAAAAUAUGGAACAGCCAAUGGAUACGGGGGAUGAGGAAUUGUUUGAAAAGAUUAAAAACGUCAUCCUUGACCCACUGGUGUCCCCAUUACUCGCAGACGACGAGCACCUGGAAAAUUUACCAUACACUUACAUUAUGGUGUGUGGGUACGACUUUGUUAGAGACGAUGGCAUCAUGUUCUAUGAGCGAUUAAAUCAAAUAGAGGAAGAGGCGCACCUUGCCUACUACCCAGAGGCUUUUCAUAAUGCGUUGUUUUUUCCACAUGGACCUUUAAAGCUCAAUGUUGGUGUGCGAAUAGUUCAUGAUAUUGUCAAAACAUUGAAAAAUGUUUUGUAAGUGUGUACAUGUUUCAUUCACUCAUAUCAUUUCUGUUAUUUAUUUCACGAUGUCAUAAUAUUUGUUAAAGUUUUAGAGACUGUUGAAUAAAUGUUAAGUUGUUUAAAACG